UUUGAAUUUUAGCCAGUUAUUAACAUAUAUUUUAAAAUUAUCCGUAAUCCAUCAAUUUCGAUUUCGUUUUCAUAAAUUUUUUCAGUAAAAUUGUUAAGGAAUCAACAAGAUUCUCAUAGAUUUUCCAAUAGGUUUUUCGACAUCAUGAAGAUCUAUCCGAAUGCAGAUGUUUGGUUUUACGUGGACAAGCCCGGUUGCUGGGGCAGUUAUCAAAGAUAUGGUCCAUAUCACAGUUGGAAGCUGCCCAACAAGGAGUUUACUCCAAAGUACAUGCACUAUUGGCGCGAUAUUGAGGGACAAAAAUUGCGGGAUGUAAAGCGAAAGGAUCUGUACUUUGAUAAGUGGCCCAAGACAAGAAUUCGUGCACAAGCCUGUCUGGGCAUGCUCUACGCAACUGGCUAUCGUUUUAUUAAACUUAGCCAAGCACCGCCAGCUGGCUUUAAGUGUGCACCGCUUCCUGUUAACUUGGCUACUGCCCAAUAUGUAAAAGCCAAUUUGAAGAAACUGAAGAAGCAGGCUAAAGGGGAGCAAAACAAGAAAAAGAAGGAAGCAGCCAACAAGAAAAAGGCUGAGAAGGCACAUAAGAAUCGAGGAGCUCCACGUGGAAGAAAUUAAAUAUUAAGAUUAAGCAUCUAAAAAAAUAAAUGUAUAUAUAUUGACGAAAUUGAAUAAAGAUUUA